AACUGGCUGGUUGACUAUUGCCAUUAUGUGGUAGUGUUUUAUCUAAAAGUAACAGUAUUAGUGCGGUUUUCCCCCCUGUUCGCGUCACUUUGUGAAUGUGUCAACUUCUGUAUUCUUGACAAAAGCUCUCGACGUGAGGCAGUGUAAUGACAGAUGCAUAUUGGAAAUACGUCCCACACAAUUUCAUGAUUGUGUCUUACGUGUAGGAAAUUCAAUUUAAUCUCACAUUAUAAAGAAAAAUUGUAAGAAAUGGCAAGUGACGCAAUAAUCUUACUACCUGCAGAAAUAAUUGUGUGCAUUUUGGAAGACAAAAGUCUCGACUUUUCUGAUGUAGCUAAUUUCAGUUUAACAUGCAGAAGUUUGUACAAAAUUGUCAACGAAAGUAAUAAACUUUGGAAGAUUAAAUUUUUUCAAAGAUGGCCACAUUUAAAAGAAGUAUAUCAUACAAGCAUGGAAUUAGAGGACCAAAUAAUAAAUUGGAAAGAAGAAAUAAAAGAUAGUUUGGAUGUUAGAUCCAAAUUGCUUUUUCAUUUAUCCUGUAUGUCCAGUAAACAUUAUACAAAGGAAGAAUUAUCUAAUUCUGAAUUUAAAGAAUUUGAUGCUUUGUUUUGUUUAAAAGAAGGUGUUCAUCCUUUAACGUAUUAUUUUCUAAUAGACGAACUUGUUAGCUUAAUUAAACGCCCGGCUAUAAACAGCAAUUUAACACAUAGAUAUUAUGCGCUCAAAGUUGUUAGAUAUUUGAAACAAACCCAUUUGAAGAGUGAGUGGCUAAAAUUUAUAUCUCUACCACCAAAACAACAAACUUUAGAACGUGGUGCAACUCUUGUAGCUCAAUGGAGUCAACCAGAAAAACAUGUGUCAUACCUAGCAAUAUCAUCAUUAUUAGAUAAUAUUGCAGAACAAACUAAACAGCUACUCAGAGAACAAUAUCCAGCACAUUCUAUAUUUUCAGUUCCAACAGAGAGAUUUAUCUUUUGGAAAAAUAAUAUUAUUGAUGAUAAUCAAUGGAAUAUUUCAGAAACAAGACAAAUAACAGAUGCAUUAUGCAAAAUAUUAUUUGAAAAAUUAGGUUUCUAUGGAAAUAAUGAAAUGUAUUAUUCUUUGGAAAAUUCAUUUAUAGAUCAGGUUUUGGAACGUAGAUGUGGGAUUCCUAUAACUUUAGCAAUAGUAUUUGAAAGUGUUGCCCGAAGACUUGGUAUACGUUGUGAGCCUGUUAGUUUUCCAUCUCAUUUCUUGUUACGAUGGAAGGAAACAUAUGAUCCAGAAUUUAUGGAUACAGAAAAUUUUUAUAUUGAUGUCUUUAAUGGUGGUCAAUUUCUAACUAAGAAAAGUUGUCCUAGAAUUGGUGGUGUUUCAAAAUGUCCAAUAGAAAAAUAUAAUGUUCAUAAGGCUGCAACUGCUAUAGAGGUAGUAACAAGAAUGGCAAAUAAUUUGGAAAUAGCUGCUAGGCAACAUAUUCAUGCAAAUGGUAGAACUGCAACGUUACGCUCUGUUCUUGAACUUCAAUAUAUGAUACAACCUAAUGAUGCAAACACAAUUUUACAAUUAGGUCGAAUAUAUACCUUGGGAUAUAUGGAUUUAACUGAACUAGCAAAAAUAUUAGAAAAUGCGGUGAAGAACUUAGAGUUAAUGUCAAGAGGACAGGCAAAUAUUAUUUCACAAGCAUUUCUAGCGCUUCAAUGUCAAAAAAAAUUAAAACCUAAGAAAGAAGUGAAACCAAAAAGAAGAACUCCAAAUGUAAAAUAUGCAGUAGGAUUGAUAAUGAGACACAAAAUAUUUAGAUACUUGUGUGUAAUAACAGGGUGGGAUGUUCAUUUUAUGGAGACCACAGAAUGGAGAAGUGAAAUGAAUGUAGAUGAACUGGGAAGUGCAAAUCAACCAUUUUAUAAUAUAUUGGUAAAUGAUGGAUCAUGGCAUUAUGUGGCUCAAGAAAAUUUAGUACUGGCCCCCAAUCCAGAAUGGGUAAAUCAUUAUGCAAUUGGUAGGUAUUUUUACAAGUUUAGUGGUACUCACUAUAUACCUAAUGAAGAAAAAGCAAGAGAAUAUCCAGAAGAUGAACAAAUUUGUAACGAACUACUUGUUACAAUUUAAUUUCCUUUGCGGGAAUACAAGAUAAUAGUAAGAUAAA